GUUCCACAAGGAAAUCCGAUCGAGCGUCCAAGAAGCGAGCACCGCAAGGAAGCACCGCUGCCUCCGCUUCUCCUUUCCCCUCUCACUCCGUGGCAGCUUGUUGGGUGUCGCUUUGGACGGGCGUUGUUGCCAUGGCGAUGUCCACCUUCCAGAAGGUGACGUUGGCCACUUGCCUGGUGCUGUGCGUGGCCCUGCUGCUUCCCCGGAUGUUGCUGUCUCACGGGAGGAAGGAUGCUAGCGAAGGUCACUUCCCGCCCAUGGUGCACCGUCACAUGGCGCCAGAGGGCCGAGGCCAGAGGGCGGCGGCGGGGUCGGGCCCCUCCUCCAGGGCCCACAAGGCGGAGGCCGUCGUCGCCCGGACCAAAGGUGGGGGAGCGGGAGCCGGGCUGGGAACUGCGGCCAAAUCCAACCUGGCGGGACAAAUCAUUCCUGUCUACGGAUUUGGAAUCUUACUCUACAUCCUCUACAUCCUCUUCAAGAUCACGUCAAAGGGGAGCACUCAGCCUCCAUUGGGCAGAUACUCCUCACAUUGCUCAAAGAACACCAAGAGGAAAAUCACCGACUUUGAGCUGGUUCAGCUGCAGGAGAAGCUGAGGGAGACGGAAAUGGUGAUGGAGAACAUUGUUUCCAGCGCACAGCGCAGCCCUGACAGGGGCAGUAAGGGCGUCAACGUGGACCAGGAGAGUCUCCUGCAGCAGUUGACAGAAAUCACUCGCGUGAUGCAGGAAGGUCAGCUGGUGGAGGGCGUGGCAACACCCAUGAAAAACCACCAGGAACCCUGGGAAGAAGAUGAAGAAGAGGAUCCUCAUGACUUGUGGGAGCGCCAUCGCUGCUGCUGUCAGCAUUCUCCUUGUGGAUCACAGACGCAAGCCGGAGAAGACGACGCGGCCGACAACUUUCCGGCGGGUGUUCUGGGCGCAGACCAGGCAGACGAAGAUCCAGGUGCCGGUUCGGGGGCUAAGGAGAAGCAGGAGGUCCACCUGAACGAGAAGGAGCAGAGGGAACGUGAGGGCCAGGAGCAGCAGAGCCAGCUGGGCGUGCCCAAUGAGGAGCUGCCAGGCGUGCUGAAGGAGUUGGAGCUCACCUUCAAGAUGACGUCCGCCAUGGAGCGAGAGAAAAUGGACUACCUGGAGACGCAAGCGCUGUCCGGAGGCGGUGGUCCCGUCAGAUGGCGGAACAAAAAGAGAAGCAAGAAGGAGUCUCAGUGACUCCUGAUUUGGACAGAAGAUAUUUUGUUUGUGUGGAAGCUUUACAGGCGUGUCCAAAAUUCUGCAUGGAUUUCACAUUCUUGCACUUUUCCUGACAGCAUAUAUUUUUUUCUUUGAGGACUACAUACAGAAAAAUCAAAGGAGACAAGAACCACUUUGAAAAUUUGAGUUGAAUUCGUAGUGUGACUAUGCUCCUAACUAACACGAGUAUCUCGAAUCAUCUUUCCCCAUUGAAAUAAAUGGAAAUACCAUGAAUCCAUACUAGUCUGCCCAAAAACUGGCAAUGGGCGAGUACUGAUAGCAGGUAUCGGUAUUGAGCCGAUACCAGCCAUAUUUCAAGGUAUCCGGUACUCGUGUAUGCUGCCGAUACCAGCCACAGUUAUUUAAGGCAAAAAAAAUAAAAAUUGACAUCAAGUCCGCCUCUGGUUUGACACAUUGGCGAAUCAUCAUGUGCGUCAAAAAGAAAGACAAUUAUUUUUUUCAUAAUUAUCUGUCAUUGUGUUCAUUGAAAUGUUAUCUAUCGAACAUACUAGUGGUAUCUGUGAGUACUCAAGAAUGAAUACUCAAAACUAAUAUCGGUCUGAAACAGUGGUACCAAACAUCACUACAAAAAAAUUAUAAUUUGUAAUGUGUUUUUAACAAGAACUCCGGGCAGUACAAUACGCAGAGCCAUAUAUACAUCUUUAUAUAUGGCUCAAGACAUGGAUAUAUGGAGUCAAAUACCCCCCCCCCACCCAUUAUGUUUAGGAUUAAAGGGAAAAGCAACUAACCUGACCCUAACCCCAGAAUUACACAUUGAUUUGGAAUAGUGAUGAGGGUGCAUGAUAUGCUCCUUUCUUAUAUGCUUUUAUAAAAAAAAAUUAAAUAUAAAGGACUUAAAUAAACAAAAAUAUACAUUUAAUAUCAAAAGAAAACCCUACAUGGACAAAAGAUAUUUUAAUGCAUCAGGAACUGUCACAACCGUGCAUUCAUGACUUACACUUGCAUCUCACAAUGGAACAAUAUCCACAUCAAAUUAACUGUCCGACAUCACUGUUACAUCACAGCUUACACUUUUUGCAAGACUUCUUGGAUAAAGGAGACAUUUUGUGUCAAGUUUAUUUUUUUUUUUUAAAUGCAUAUAUGUCACGUAUGUGUUCAACCUUUUUUUCAAAACAUACAAGCAUGGUCACCUUUUUAAUAAAUACCUCAAACGACACUAUAAUGCCUCAUUUGAAGUUG